CUCUCAACAUAAGACAGUGACCAGUCUGGUGACUCACAGCCGGCACAGCCAUGAACUACCCGCUAAUGCUGGAAAUGGACCUCGAGAACCUGGAGGACCUGUUCUGGGAACUGGACAGAUUGGACAACUAUAAUGACACCUCCCUGGUGGAAAAUCAUCUCUGCCCUGCCACAGAGGGGCCCCUCAUGGCCUCCUUCAAGGCUGUGUUCGUGCCCGUGGCCUACAGCCUCAUCUUCCUCCUGGGCGUGAUAGGCAACGUCCUGGUGCUGGUGAUCCUGGAGCGGCACCGGCAGACACGCAGCUCCACGGAGACCUUCCUGUUCCACCUGGCCGUGGCCGACCUCCUGCUGGUCUUCAUCUUGCCCUUUGCCGUGGCCGAGGGCUCUGUGGGCUGGGUCCUGGGGACCUUCCUCUGCAAAACUGUGAUUGCCCUGCACAAAGUCAACUUCUACUGCAGCAGCCUGCUCCUGGCCUGCAUCGCCGUGGACCGCUACCUGGCCAUUGUCCACGCCGUCCAUGCCUACCGCCACCGCCGCCUCCUCUCCAUCCACAUCACCUGUGGGACCAUCUGGCUGGUGGGCUUCCUCCUUGCCUUGCCAGAGAUUCUCUUUGCCAAAGUCAGCCAAGGCCAUCACAACAACUCCCUGCCACGUUGCACCUUCUCCCAAGAGAACCAAGCAGAAACGCAUGCCUGGUUCACCUCCCGAUUCCUCUACCAUGUGGCGGGAUUCCUGCUGCCCAUGCUGGUGAUGGGCUGGUGCUACGUGGGGGUAGUGCACAGGUUGCGCCAGGCCCAGCGGCGCCCUCAGCGGCAGAAGGCAGUCAGGGUGGCCAUCCUGGUGACAAGCAUCUUCUUCCUCUGCUGGUCACCCUACCACAUCGUCAUCUUCCUGGACACCCUGGCGAGGCUGAAGGCCGUGGACAAUACCUGCAAGCUGAAUGGCUCUCUCCCCGUGGCCAUCACCAUGUGUGAGUUCCUGGGCCUGGCCCACUGCUGCCUCAACCCCAUGCUCUACACUUUCGCCGGCGUGAAGUUCCGCAGUGACCUGUCGCGGCUCCUGACCAAGCUGGGCUGUACCGGCCCUGCCUCCCUGUGCCAGCUCUUCCCUAGCUGGCGCAGGAGCAGUCUCUCUGAGUCAGAGAAUGCCACCUCUCUCACCACGUUCUAGGUCCCAGCGUCCCCUUUUAUUGCUGCUUUUCCUUGGGGCACGCAGUGAUGCUGGAUGCUCCUUCCAACAGGAGCUGGGAUCCUAAGGGCUCACCGUGGCUAAGAGUGUCCUAGGAGUAUCCUCAUUUGGGGUAGCUAGAGGAACCAACCCUCAUUUCUAGAACAUCCCUGCCAGCUCUUCUGCCGGCCCUGGGGCUAGGCUGGAGCCCAGGGAGCGGAAAGCAGCUCGAAGGCACAGUGAAGGCUGUCCUUACCCAUCUGCACCCCUCUGGGCUGAGAGAACCUCACGCACCUCCCAUCCUAAUCAUCCAGUGUUCAAGAAACAACUUCUACUUCUGCCCUUGCCAACGGGGAGCACCUGCUCCUCCCAGAACACACUCCAUCAACUUAGGGGCUGCUGACCUCCACAGCUUCCCCUCUCUCCUCCUGCCCUCCUGUCAAACAAAGCCAGAAGCUGAGCACCAGGGGAUGAGUGGAGGUUAAGGCUGAGGAAAGGCCAGCUGGCAGCAGAGUGUGGCCUUCAGACAACUCCGUCCCUAAAAACACAGACAUUCUGCCAGGCCCCCAAGCCUGCAGUCAUCUUGACCAAGCAGGAAGCUCAGACUGGUUGAGUUCAGGUAGCUGCCCCUGGCUCUGACUGAAACAGCGCUGGGUCCACCCCAUGUCACCGGAUCCUGGGUGGUCUGCAGGCAGGGCCGACUCUAGGUGCCCUUGGAGGCCAGCCAGUGACCCGAGGAAACGUGAAGGCCGAGAAGCAAGAAAGAAACCCGACAGAGGAAAGAAAAGAGCUUUCUUCCCGAACCCCAAGGAGGGAGACGGAUCAAUCAAACCCGGCGGUCCCCUCCGCCAGGCGAGAUGGGGUGGGGUGGAGAACUCCUAGGGUGGCUGGGUCCAGGGGAUGGGAGGUUGUGGGCAUUGAUGGGGAAGGAGGCUGGCUUGUCCCCUCCUCACUCCCUUCCCAUAAGCUACAGACCCGAGGAAACUCAGAGUCGGAACGGAGAAAGGUGGACUAGAAGGGGCCCGUGGGAGUCAUCUCAACCAUCCCCUCCGUGGCAUCACCUUAGGCAGGGAAGUGUAAGAAACACACUGAGGCAGGGAAGUCCCCAGGCCCCAGGAAGCCGUGCCCUGCCCCUGUGAGGAUGUCACUCAGAUGGAACCGCAGGAAGCUGCUCCGUGCUUGUUUGCUCACCUGGGGUGUGGGAGGCCCGUCCGGCAGUUCUGGGUGCUCCCUCCCACCUCCCCAGCCUUUGAUCGGGUGGGGAGUCAGGGACCCCUGCCCUUGUCCCACUCAAGCCAAGCAGCCAAGCUCCUUGGGAGGCCCCACUGGGGAAAUAACAGCUGUGGCUCAGGUGAGAGUGUCUUCACGGCAGGACAACGAGGAAGCCCUAAGACGUCCCUUUUUUCUCUGAGUAUCUCCUCGCAAGCUGGGUAAUCGAUGGGGGAGUCUGAAGCAGAUGCAAAGAGGCAAGAGGCUGGAUUUUGAAUUUUCUUUUUAAUAAAAAGGCACCUAUAAAACAGGUCAAUACAGUACAGGCAGCACAGAGACCCCCGGAACAAGCCUAAAAAUUGUUUCAAAAUAAAAACCAAGAAGAUGUCUUCACAUAUUGUA